AUGGAGAGCCGUUUCGGGAGGGUCCUGCUGUUUGCCACAGCUUUGUUCGCCUCCACACGGCAUGCUCAGAAGCGAGUCUUGGGCUUUGAAGAAGCCGUGUCGCGUGUUGUUGAAACCUACAACCGAUUGGAAGAGCGAACUUCUCCCUUCCGGCUUCUCAAAGCUGCUGCUCCGCCGGAGUGGGAUGCCAUACCUCAAGGUUCUCAGCGAGAUCUGAAGUUGACCGUUAAAGAAACGGUCUGUGAUGCGCAUCAGGGAACGCCCACGGAGGAAUGUGAUUUCAAAGACGGAGGUCUCGAGAAAUUCUGCUCUGGAAUGUAUACCUUUGAGCAGAGCUCUCAUUUCAUAUUUGCAAGGUGUGACGAUGCUGAGAAGGAGCUGGAUCCCAAUACCAGAGGCACCUGGGAAAUUUUAAAGAAAAAAUUAAUCAAGAAAUUCCGCAAAGGUGGGGAGAAAUAUGAUUCAUCCGUAGCAGUGACUAUCGAAUAA